UUCAGGCGGUUCUGUCUGCUGACCACUCCCCGAAUUGCGUCCCUCCUUCUCUUAGGGUCCGGUCACCGUCAAGGUCCAGGCGCCCAAUAUGCAGGACAAGACCGAAUGGAAGCUGAACGGUCAAGUGCUGGUCUUCACCCUCCCUCUCUCGGACCAGGUCUCAGUCAUAAAAGUCAAGAUCCACGAAGCCACAGGGAUGCCUGCCGGGAAGCAGAAGCUCCAGUAUGAGGUCAGGGUUAGGGUUUCAUCAUUGCCCCCCCAAAAGGGUUAAGAUUUCAUCAUUGCUCCCCAAAAGGGUUACAUUGCUCCCCAAAAGUGUUACGGUUACAUUGCCCCCCAAAAGGGUUACAUUGCUCCUCAAGUGGCUCCCCAUAAGGGCUAGGGUUACAUGGCCCCCCAAAAGGCUCCCCAGAAGGGGUGGGUUUACAUUGCUUCCCAAAAGGCCGCUUUUCUACUGAUGCGAACAUUAAUGGCGCAUGGGACACAAUAGUGGAAGGAUGCACUUUCUCCCUUACGGCGGGCCAAAAACGAGACCCAGAAACCCAAGGAGUCACUUCCGGUUGGAAACUGCGAGGUUUUCCUUCGGGGAAGUCUUAGGAUUUCCUGCGGGUUUUAGGGAGAGGGGUCGAGGGAGUGUUUUUAAUGCGUUGUUCAAUGCCAUCGGAUGCUGGGGCGCGUCAUUUUUGGUCCUCGCUUGGCGAUCAUAACCCCAAGGCCCUCUUUUCGUUGUGUCUUGCAGGGCUUUUUUUCAUCAAGGUCUCCAACUCCCUGGCUUACUCCAACAUGACCAGCUGGUCCAUCAUCCACUUUGCCCUCAAGGAAAGAGGAGGGAGGAAGAAGUAGGGUUAGGGAGGUCCUUUGGCGACGAAGAGGCUGAGCUUUGGACCUCUUUCAGGUCUGGAGAGAGAGCCACCAUCUUGCGCACAUGGGCGCUAUUAAGUUUGAAGCUUUGUUAUGCGCAGGUUGCUUCGUAAUGUUCGUUACGCCAAUGGCGUUCCUCCCUUCCAUAUUCAUUGCUUGUUUUUUGCCAUACCUGCAUUUGGCUUGGCUUGGACCCAGUUCAAAACAUAUAGAAAGCAGUUAAGAGAAUGAGUUAAACAUUUCAGCCUUGUUACCUGUAGUAUCUUGCAAGUAAAUUUAAGUUGUGCGUAAUAAAAAUUAUUAUUACAUUCGUUUACAUCUCACUUUGUGUUUUGUCACCGCUCAGAUCCUAUAUCCUGGCAUUGCAAUGGUCAUGUAUGGGGCACUGAAGGUUAUAGAUUAUAUUAAUGGUCAUAUAUGGGACACUGAAGGUUAUAGAUUGUAUUAAUGGGACACUUAAGGUUAUAAAUUAUAUUAAUGUAUUAAUGUGACACGGGGAUACAUAGGAUCCUAUGUAUUGGAAGGGUCUCCUAAGGGUCCUAUAGUCCGAACCUAGAGAAGCGCAUGGCAACCAUGAUGUGGAGAGAAACCCCAAGCCUUGUUUCCAUUUGAAAAGGUUCCAUGCUUGCCUUGGGUUCCGUGUUCCACUCUAGAAUGCAGCUGAGGCCAGUGCGGCCGUUGGACGCCAGUCAGUGCCCUUCUGGACAGUGGCUUGACCAGUUCGUGGAGGGCAUCUUGACCUGUGGCCAUUUGGGUUCUCGGUGCCGCCAUGGUGCGCGGAGAGAAUUUUCUCAAAGCCGUCGGGAAGACCAUCAGGAAGACUGUCAAGUUCUUCUCGUGUAAUAUACGGCCGAAAGAUGAGGAGGACGAGGAUGUCCCCAGGCGUCUUCGAAGACGCAAGAAGACGCAAUCAACCCACUUUGAGGAGGAAGUGGUGGAAGACAUAGCCGCGUUGUCCGCAGACGUCCAUCCCCCUCUGUUCAAGGAGUUGACCACGGACAUCGAUCCCUCUCUGUUGGAGGAGUUGACCGCAGAUGUCCAUCCCCCUCUGUUCGAGGAGUUGACCGCGGACAUUGAUCCCUCUCUGUUGGAGGAGUUGACCGCAGAUGUCCAUCCCCCUCUGUUCGAGGAGUUGACCGCGGACAUCGAUCCCUCUCUGUUGGAGGAGCUGACCGCGGACGUCUAUCCCCCUCUGUUGGAUAAGUUGACCAUGAAUGUCCAUCAGUCUCCAUCGCGGGAGCUGACCGCAGAAGUCCAGCAGUUUCCGUUGCAGGGUUUGACUGCGGGCGUCCAUCCCUCUUUGUCGCAGAUAGUGGUCAUCGCGCAGGUCCACCGCGCUUUUUCGGAUUCCCCCGUACCAGAGGAGGCCAAAGACGAGGAGGAGGAGGACAACGAAGGGUGUCGGAGCGUUGUCCAGAAAGAACAAUUGGCGAAGGACAUUGCUGAGGAGAAGCCUGCCAUCCUAUGGGACCUAAACAAUGAUAUCUGGCGGGUGGAGGACGAAUGUCGCCCGCACUCGGCUUCGUGCAGGCACAUCUUCAAAAACUAUGGAGUUUUCAAUGAUAUUCUUGCAGCAGAGAGAAAGUCUUCCUCCACCAAAACUCAUUGUUUUUCUGUCCCCCUUCCAACACAGCCACAUAUUGGCCAGGAAGAAAUUGGAGAGGAGCUGAAGAUCAUCUGGCUAUGUUCUGAUAGCAAGAUGCAUGAUGAUGCAGACAACAUCCUCUGGGACAUUUAG